GAUCCUCGACUCGACCAAUCCUAUCUUUGUACCUUUUGGUAUAUUAAAUUCCUCGGAUCCCCUCACCUCCAUCCUACUUCCCCCUCUCACUACUUCAGUGAACACCAUCACAAUGCCUGGUGGUGCUGUGUCCCCUGUGGGCAGCGUCGACGCUCGCCGCGUCGAGGCCCCGGUCACUGUCAAGACGUACCUGAUGUGCGCUUUCGCCGCCUUCGGUGGUAUCUUCUUCGGUUAUGAUUCCGGUUAUAUCUCCGGUGUCCUUGGUAUGGAGUACUUCAUUACCACUUUUGAGCACCUGGACCCCUCCCUUGCUACUACCAACCCCGACGCUUUUGUCGUUCCCUCGUGGAAGAAGUCUCUCAUUGUCUCUAUUCUCUCCGCUGGUACUUUCUUCGGUGCUCUGAUCGCCGGUGACCUGGCUGACUGGUUCGGUCGUCGUACCACCGUCAUUGCUGGCUGCUUCGUUUUCGUCGUUGGUGUUAUCCUCCAGACUGCUUCCAGCAGCCUCGGUCUCCUGGUUGCUGGUCGUCUGAUUGCUGGAUUCGGUGUCGGUUUCGUUUCCGCUGUCAUCAUUCUGUACAUGUCCGAGAUUGCUCCCCGCAAGGUUCGUGGUGCCAUCGUCUCUGGCUACCAGUUCUGCAUCACCAUCGGUCUCAUGCUGGCCUCGUGCGUUGACUACGCUACCGAGCACCGCACCGACUCCGGCUCCUACCGUAUCCCCAUUGCCCUGCAGAUGCUCUGGGCUGUAAUCCUCGGAACUGGUCUCUUCUUCCUGCCCGAGUCCCCCCGUUACUUCAUCCGCAAGAACAACAAGGAGGCUGCUCGCGAGGCUCUCUCCCGCAUUCGUGGCCAGGCUCCCGACUCUGAGUACAUUGAGCUCGAGCUGAACGAGAUUGAGGCCAACUACCAGUACGAGAUGGCCGUCAUCCCCGACACCGGUUACUUCGACAGCUGGAUCAACUGCUUCCGCGGUAACAUCUUCCACCCCAACUCCAACGUCCGCCGCACUGUCCUCGGUACUUCCCUCCAGAUGAUGCAGCAGUGGACCGGUGUCAACUUCGUCUUCUACUUCGGUACCACCUUCUUCAAGCAGCUCGGCACAAUCCAGAACCCCUUCCUGCUCAGCAUGAUCACCACCAUUGUCAACGUGUGCUCCACCCCCAUCUCCUUCUACGCCAUUGAGAAGGUCGGUCGUCGCCCUCUCCUCCUCUGGGGUGCUCUCGGCAUGGUUGUCUGCCAGUUCAUCGUCGCCAUCAUCGGUGUCACCGACGGCGGCAACCCCCACGCUGUCUCCGCCAUGAUCGCCUUCAUCUGUAUCUACAUCUUCUUCUUCGCCUCCACCUGGGGCCCCGGUGCCUGGGUCGUCAUCGGCGAGAUCUUCCCCCUGCCCAUCCGUUCCCGCGGUGUCGCCCUCUCCACCGCCUCCAACUGGCUGUGGAACUGCAUCAUCUCCGUCAUCACCCCUUACAUGGUCGACUCUGACCAGGGCAACCUCGGUGCCAAGGUCUUCUUCAUCUGGGGUUCCCUCUGCACCUGCGCCUUCGUCUACACCUACUUCCUCAUCCCCGAGACCAAGGGUCUUACCCUCGAGCAGGUCGACAAGAUGAUGGAGGAGACCACCCCCGCACCUCCGCUGGCUGGAAGCCCCACUCCACCUUUGCCGAGGAGAUGGGCGUCAACUACAACGACAAGGUCGUUGCCGAGCCCACCGUCGCCCAGAUCGAGGUCUAAUUUACGCAGACGUCGUGUGUGGAGUCAAACUUUUCUACUUUGGGCAAAAGUUAAUUUAAAAAAAAGGCAAUUCCAAGCCCAUUGGAUCAAAGCAGAAAGCUUGCACUCUUCUUACUGUCUCGCGCCGUGUGGGUUGCUGGUCACAUUGAUAUUUGUUCAUAUGAUUCCUUGAUGUGACCCGUUCCCACCCUUCAUAACCUCUUUGCUUCGUGCAGGCUGGUCCGGUUGUUUAGCGAAUACCAGGGGUGUUUAUGCGUUUACGUGUUUAUGCCGCUACUCUGUUACAGUUUAAUGUGGAUGUAUCUUAUCUUUAUUAAUUGAAAUACUUUUUUUCAAUA